AUGUCUACCAAUUUGUCUUCAGGCAGUGUCCUCAUGCUGCCGUCUCUGGGCUUACCGAACACACACAUUUAUCCUGCAUUUGUGUUUGGCACCCUCACAUAUCUGAUCAUUGUGCUUUGCAAUUUGUUAGUCUUGUCAACUAUUGUUGUGAGCAAAAAUCUGCACAAGCCCAUGUUUAUCCUGCUCUUCAACUUGCCCAUUAGCGACAUAGUGGGUGCCACGGCGUUUUUUCCUCAAGUCCUUGGGAGCAUUGUGACACAGAGCCGAUUGAUUUCCUAUCCCGGGUGCAUCAUCCAGGGUUUUCUGAUUCAUGUUUAUGGCUCGGGAAACUUACUGAUUUUGAGUGCUAUGGCGUACGACCGAUACAUAGCUAUAUGUUGCCCACUGAGGUACAACACCCUGAUGAGCUCACAUAAUUUGAUCAAAAUUAUUAUUGGGAUGUGGUUAUUGAAUCUGUCAGUAAUGGUCACAAUGUUUUCGUUGCUUCCGCGGCUCAAGGUGUGCAGAACACAUAUAGCGGAUCUGUACUGCAACAACCCAUCUCUGAUGAAACUAGCCUGUGAGAACAUCAGAGUGAACAACUACUACGGGAUAUUGGCCACGGUUGUAACCAUGGGAGGCCCGCUUUUGGUAAUAGUGUUCACGUAUGCACAGAUCUUGUACACGUGUGUCGUGACAAAUCACGCAGACGCCCGGCGAAAAGCAAUUCAGACGUGCAGCACGCAUUUAAUAGUUUUUAUAAUCUUACAAACUCUCACAGUAUUUACAUUCAUUACGCAUCGCAUUGAAAGCGCGUCCCCUUCUUUGAGAAGGGCUUUCGGUGUGUCUGUUCUCAUUUUCCCUCCUUUUCUGGACCCGAUCAUAUAUGGACUGAAAACCAGGGAACUUAAGAAUAGCAUGACGAUUUUCCUUAAACGAAAUCUGGUUUCAACAAAGUAGACACUUUUCUUUUUGUUUGUACUGUUUAAUAUUUUAAUGUUUUUUCUAUCUCUGGCCGGUUUAUGUUUGGAGUGUCCAUGUUCUCCAACAGUCUAAUGUCAUGCUCAUGAGGUCAACCGGUGAUGCUAAGUUGGCUGUAGGCAUGCACCUUCGAGGACAAGCGAGCACAGAAAAGGAAUGAAUUAAUUUUUUUUUUCUCCCAUCAGGAUUCAGCUUUUAUUUCAUAAAUUCAAGAGUUUCUGAGCAAACAUUCUUCCCUGUGAACAUCUACAGUACAUCUUCAUCUGAUGAUAACGUAUUUUCUAAUUUAACUUAUGUGCACAUUUCUGUUGUCCAGUCUUUAUAAGCAAGUUUAUAAGCACUGACAGUUUUGUUCUUGUUCAUCAGCCUCAUAAGGACUUCUAACUUUUAAUACAGGUUAAGGAAAAUAAAGUGGAGGAUUAACCAAAGAAAAGAUCUUUAUCAAAAUGGUUGAAUGAUACGAUGAAAACACUGUCAAAUAUAGUCAAAAAGUAGUAUGUGUGUGUGUGAAUCUAAACAUUGAAUGUAAAAGGAGGCUGAUAUAUGACUGACUACCAAUAAGAAAAGUACUUUAAGCAAUGUUUUUAAAUGUCGUGAUUUCCCUGACAACCCAGUAAAUGUAGGUUUGCUGGGUUUCUGUGAGGCCUAAUGAGAAUAUGUGCUUUGUUAUUGACAAUAAAAAACAGU